AUGGCUCCCAAGCGUCUCGGCGGCUCCCGCCGCUCUUACAACCCAAUCACCGGCGUCUACAAUGCUUUUGUCACCUCCGAGAACGCCCCCAUUGUCCGCAGUGUUGCUGCCUUUGGUAAAGCGAACAACACGACGGUGCGGACGGAUACAUGUACGAGACCUGGGAAAAACAUGUACGAUACAGAUUGGGUGGACUGGAUGCUCGGAUGUCGGGAUUAUCAAGCACCUCAUGGGCGGCGUUUGGCCGAUGCAAUCUCAAUGCGCAUACACAAUCUCUUUGUCCUUGGCCAGACUAUCACAUUCGUGCAGGUCCCAGACCCUUCGCCUCAACCGCAGUCUCGAGCCGGUGCCGCAAAUUUAUUUCAUGGCCCGCCCACCGUUCUUGAAUAA